GCCUCCCUGACCUCUGCCAUAUCAGUUCCAGCGGGCACCAGCCUCCACUGCUGGAAGAGGCAGUGUGUACAGACUGGGGGUGGGGGGCGCUAAGAACCUUCCAAAUGCUGCUGAGCCGACAUGGGUGGUCUCUGGCACUGGUAAGCCAGUCGUCUCCUUCCACACAGCCUUGGUGAAGCUAAGGGGCUGCGACAACGUGGAGGAUGAAAUCGAAGAGCUCCACGAGGAGGACCUCUCUGAGGAAUUGGGAAAGGAUAUGGACAUCUUUACGAUGUAUCACUUCAAUGACAUAUGGAACCACCUCGUCUCUGCCGUCGUCUUGAUGGGCGGGCAGCAGCUCACGGGCAUUAACGCGGCCAGCUAUUAUAUGGAGAUACUCUACAUGGCUAUGGGGUUAGAAAAGAAAAUUGUCGGGUAUAUCAGCAUAACGAUAUACAUUUUGCUUAUGUUCAUAACUCUCCUGGUGAUCCGUUUUGCUGAUUCUUCGGGGCACAGAAAUCUCCUACUCAGUGGCUUGGGGAUCUGUAGCAUCACCUGCGUCCUCUUAGCCAUGGCGAUUGAAUUACAGAAGACCAUCUGGUGGAUGUCAUAUGUCAGCUCAUCUUUCGUUACCCUCUUCCUCAUUGGACAGUCCAUCGGGCCAGAUCCGGUUCCAGUGGUGAUUGUAGCAGAGCUGUUCCUUCAGUCAUCCCGGUCCACUGCCUUCAUGGCUGGGGGCUGUGUUCACUGGUUCUGCAAAUUCGUUAUCGGAGUCGUGUUCCUUCAGAUGGAGAUACACAUUGAGCCUUACAGCUUUCUCCUCUUUUGGCCUCUCUGCGUAGCCAUCUUAAUUUAUGCCUUCAAGCAGAUCCCGGAAACCAGCGGCCAGAACUUCCUGGAUAUCAGGAGGACCGAGGCAAUCCGAAUGACCAGGACCCUCCUGCUCAUGCAAAUCUCAGAGGACUAGAAACUUGGGAGACAGUCCAUGCAGAUAUUCUGUUCGGUUGGCCCAUUGGUGAUCGCAGCAGUUUCCCUUCUGGUCUGACUGAACAGCCUGGACUUUAUUCCUUCUUUUUCCUACACUGGACUCCGACUGCCACCACCUCUCACUAUUGGCUUAUGUACCUACCUGAAGGGUCAUAGGCUACCCAUCCGUGCUUUAAUCAGCCUUAAUAAAAGCUGGAUCAGCCACUCAUGCAGAGACACAGCAGGGAACUUCAUUUCUGGAUGAUGCGUCCAGCUCUCAGGCACCUAUAAUCCACAUAUGGGGGACCAGAUGUCUCCAGAUGUUGCUGAACUGUGACUCCCAUCACUACUGGCCAUGGUGGCUGGGGCUUAUAGGGGUUGGACUCCCACAUCAGGAGUCCCCCAUCCCUCCCACAACAUCACGAGUUCCCCAUCCCUCAUCUAGAGUUAUGCCCAAUGGCCAUCCUACUCAGAGUAGACCCAUUGAAACUAAUGAACUUGGCUUCCUCAAUAUCUUUUUUUUAAAAGAAAAAAACUGUCUAACAGGCUAUUUUUCUAUUGGUGCUUAUUGCUCAGCCUUCAUUAUCAUUAUUACAUUUUUGUUGAUAAUAGCACAUGCUGUAUAAACUGAAGUAUAA